GCCGCUAUUACCGAGGGAGAGGGUUUGAGAUGGGGAGAUGCGCGUGGCGUAUACGAAGGAUCCCAUGUAGAAGUUCAGCACACAUCGGACACACCCCUGAGCAGAGCACAACUUCCCCCCCCCCAUCCAUCCAUUAUCUCCAUCUAUCAACUCCAUCCUGCUUACCGCUCCCCGCAGGAUCCAGCUGGACGGGAGGUACCGCCAUCCAUCCUCCGCCGCCCCAUACACACAGCCCGCUUGCCAUUCGCGCAGAGCCACUCGCCGCCAGGGGGGACAACGAAAAUAAGAAGUGUGAGGCGAGGUGAAGCGAGGCAUCUGGCAUCUUCACCUACUCCUACUCCUGCAGCCCUGCGAUCUACAACUCGUCCAUCUAUACGCCCAACCCCCUUUCCUUUCUUUCUUUCCUUAAACGUGCAGACAGAGACACCCAAAUCGGUCGACAUCCGCCUCUCUCACGCUGCCCACCAUGCCGAAUCUGCUCCCCACUCGCUCGCGCUCGCCUUUGCUAUCCCCUCGACGCAGCAACAAGGACCUGCCCCCGCUACAGCAACCGGCAAAGAGCUCCUGCGCACCCGAUGGCCGCUCGCCGUGCAGCGCCGGGCCUUCGUCGGCGCCAGCGUCCCCCUCCUUUUCGCAGGUCAGCUCGAGCGCCGCGUCCGGAUCCCGCUCCUCCUCGGGUGUAACGGCCAGCUCCCGUGAGAGUGACUUGUGGACCACCUCGUCCGGUUCCUCGGCGCGCGGCGCCCCAGGCACCACGACCGCCGCGGCGAUCGCGUCCGGCGCCAGCCUGUCCGACCAGUACGAGCUACUCGAGAAGCUCGGCACGGGCUCCUUCGGCACCGUAUACCGCGGCAUGCACAAGGAGACCAAACAGAUUGUUGCCAUCAAGCAGAUCGACCUCGAGGACAGCGACGAUGACAUUAGCGAGAUUCAGAUGGAGAUCGCGCACCUUGCGCAGUGCGACAGCGAGUACGUCACCAAGUACUACGGCAGCUUCGUCAAGGGCUACAAGCUCUGGAUCAUCAUGGAGUACCUCGCCGGAGGUAGUUGCCUCGACCUGCUCAAGGCCGGGCCGUUCCACGAGAGCCACAUCGCGAUCAUAUGCCGCGAGCUUCUGCUCGGCCUCGAGUACCUGCACAACGAGGGCAAGAUCCACCGUGACAUCAAGGCCGCCAACGUCCUCCUCUCCGCGUCGGGCCGCGUCAAGCUCGCCGACUUCGGUGUCGCGGCGCAACUUAGCAGCAACAAGUCGCGACGCAACACGUUUGUCGGCACGCCCUUCUGGAUGGCCCCCGAGGUCAUCCGCCAGGCCGGCUACGACUGCAAGGCCGACUUGUGGUCCCUAGGCAUCACCGCCAUCGAGAUGGCCAAGGGCGAGCCGCCACUGUCCGAGUACCACCCGAUGCGCGUGCUCUUCCUCAUCCCCAAGGCGAAGUCACCGACGCUCGAAGGCAGCUUCAGCGCGCACUUUAAGGACUUUGUCGACCUGUGCCUGAUCAAGGACCCCAAGCACCGCCCGACGACCAAGGAGCUGCUCAGCCACCGUUUCAUCAAGGGUGCCAAGAAGACGUCAUCGCUCAUGGAGCUCAUCGAGCGCCACCAGGACUGGAAGGCCCGCCGUGCCAACCGCGGCGGCCAGAUCGCGCGCGACCGCAUGCAGCAGCACGACAUGAGCCAGAGCGACGGCGCCAGCACGCUCAACGGCACCGUCACUUCAGCCUGGCAGUUUGAUACCAUGCGCAGCAACCGCUCAUCGCUUCUAUACCACAAGCAGCACGAUGUGCAGGAUGACGCGGACGAGGAGGCACAAGCUGAGCGCGAGCUCGCAGACUGGAAAGCAUCCAUCCACGCCACCCAGGUCAACAACGGCAGCGGGCACAAGGAGACCGAUGCCGGCUACGGCACCGUGCGUGGGCCGGACCACCCGGCCAAGUCGUUGGCCAAUGCCGUCGCCGCGUCCCCGUCCGUGUCGUCGAUGGAGCCUUCCUCGUCGUCGUCCUCCGUCUCGUCGUCCUCCGCUGCGUCGUCCUCGGCGGCGGCGGACAAUGUGCGCCCUGAGUCACCCGCGACCCCUAAGCGCCGCAGCACGGGCAAGGGCUCACUCGCAGCCGUCAACCUGCGCGACUCGGAGCGCCUGCGUGCGUCCAGCAGUCGCGACAGCAUCGACACAGCCGCCACAUCUGUCGCGUCCGCAUCUGUCUCUGUAUUGGAAGCAGCAGCAGACAAGGAGCCCGCGGCGCAUGUCGACAGCCCGCACAUCGAUGCACUCCGAGAUACGUUCCGCCAACGCAGAGGCGGAGGGCUGCCGGCUGCGUCCGGCGAUGCGACUAACCAACAGCAGCAUUGGGUUGGCGGAAAACUCGCGCCGCCACUAGAUGUCGAUUCAGGCGCGGCAGCGUUGAAAAAUCGAAGCAGCGCCGAUGUCACCGCCGGCGCCUCGUCGUCCUCUACAGCAGCAGCGCUGCGCAGCGCCUCACCAUUCAACACUACGCGCCGCAGCAGCUGGAACGAGCGCAACGACAUCAACGGCACCAUCCUGCGCCAAGGGGACGUUGCGAGUGGGCACGAUACGAUCCGCCCCGUCAAGCGGCUUGACGCAGGCGGCAGCGCGCGCAUCAGCGCCGAAUUCAUCGGCGGCAUCCGACGGACGCCGUCGAACGGCAACUUGCAGGACACGCCGCCUCCGCCGCAUGUGCGUGGGCAUCUACGCAAAGGCAGCAGAGGCAGCAGCGGCAGCGGGCACAUUAUCGGUGCGGCGGACGAGGCGCAAGCGGGCCGUGCGCUCGUCCAGGAGGUCGUCUUACCUGUCAUGGAGCGGGCGCGCAGGGACGAGAUGGACGCGCGCGAGAUCGAGGCACUCGAUAUGAUUACGCGCGGGUUUGAGGACCUCAGCGACAUCAACCCGAAAUUGGCGUACCAGACGAUCGUCGAUUUGUUGCUCAGCAUGAACGAUAAUGAAGCAGCGAGAGACAACCUCUCCACCACCUUCCGCAACAGGCUUGGCAAUGGCCGGCCUUCGCUCGCAAACGUCAGUGAGAGCCCAUCCGAAAACUCUAACGAGGCUGCGUCGGCGUAUCGGUCACCCAUUGCAGACCUACUCUAUGGCCGCUGGCUCGAGGGUCUGCGAGGGCGAUGGCUGUGAAGAGUUUUUGCCUUCCCCAUAACCAACAUCUUGUCGCCUGCCCGCUGUGUAAUUUUUUGUCUACAUCAAGUCGCUUCUGCCUUCCUCAUUCUGCUUGGAUAAUGUUGAUCAUAACUUAAAUGUACUGUAACUUGCUCUUCAUAUUCGAUACCAU